GCUAUCUGAGUGCGGCAGUCGAGAAAGAACAGGACAAUAAUUGCUCCACAGAAGAAAAAAAGAAAUAAAGUUUUCACAGCUCAAGAACGACGUUGAUUUCGUCGCUGUGAUUCAUCCGCACAGUAGCCUACAUUCCAUGCGAACCCUGGACUGGCUGCGGAAAGACUACCCCGGGAAUUACGACACAUCCUCCCGCAGCAGCGCGUCUCCGGCUCAGCCAGAAUCCUUCACAAGCGGCAGCAGUAUCGGCAGUCCAAUUUCUACCUCAAGCUAUCAGAAACACCGGGUCGAUAUGCCGGGCUCGAGUAGUGCCUUUAUUCCCACUAUUAACGCCAUCACCACCAGCCAGGACCUGCAGUGGAUGGUUCAACCCACAGUCAUCACCUCAAUGUCCAACCCGUACACACACUCACACCCAUACAGGCUCCCUGUGUCCAGCGGUAGCGCUCUCCUGGGCCACACAGCGCUGUCCCGGCCCGGAGUGAUCCGCUCCAUCGGGGACGCUCGUGGUCGACGCAAGAGAGAUGAGCAAGUGAGACACUUUUGGUUGACCCCAGAGGAGGAGGAGAAGAGAAGAGUGAGAAGGGAGAGGAACAAACUGGCUGCGGCCAAGUGCCGCAAUCGGAGGAGAGAGCUCACAGAGAUGCUUCAAGGAGAGACUGAGAAGCUUGAAGAGGAGAAGGCAGAUCUGCAGAAAGAGAUCGAGACGCUCCAGAAGGAGAAGGACAAGCUGGAGUUCAUGCUGGUGGCCCACAACCCCGUGUGCAAGCUCCCUCCCGAGGACCGGCACGAGGUCGACCCGCGGCAGUGCGCUCCUCUGCCGCUGACCAUGCGCGCCCCGGCACAUCGCUACCACGUGAGCCACCUCAACCCGGUCGUGGUGAAACAGGAACCUCUGGAGGACGACGACGACGACGACGAAGACGACGACGAAGACGACGACGAGGUCGGCGCGCUCCAGCCGUCCGUCAUCAAGCCCAUCGCCAUGGGAGGCGGCAUGUUCUGCUCGGAUGGCGAGAGCCUCAACACACCGGUGGUGGGCGCGUCCACCCCAGUGUCCACUCCCAGCGCGGCCAGCCUCAUCUUCACCUACCCCAGCAUGCUGGAGCCGGAGAGCCCCUCCCCGUCGUCUGAGUCCUGCUCAAAGGCCCACCGCCGUAGCAGCAGCAGCGGAGGGGAUCAGUCCUCCGAUUCACUCAACUCUCCCACCCUCCUGGCUCUCUAAAGGAGCAGAAAUGCCCCAAGCCCUCACAGGAACCCCCCCCCCCCUCCUCAGCCAUAUGGGUCACAGAACCCGCCCCCCCCUCCCUCCCCAGCCAUGUGGGGGCGCUCAAGAGGUCUUUGCCCCUCUGGUGAUCAACAGAACCCUCAAGGGCUAAAUCACUUUACUUUCUUUGUUUUGUUUGUUUGUUUUUCCAUCAGUUUGUGAUUUCCCCCCUGAAGUUAAUACUCUUGUCUACACUGUAUACAGUCACUCAGUCAUUCAGCAUUUCAUCUCAGAACAUCUGAUAGACUGUCCAAGACAGAUAAUCAAAGACAAUCCUAUGGAAGGGCAAGAAGGAAACAACAACAACAACAACAACAACAACAACAACACAAUAAUGAUAACAAUAACAAUAACUGAAACAUAGCCAUAGAAAUCCAAAUAUUUUAUUAUCAGCAUCAACAAAAGAAAUUGAGGAUGAAGUGCUGAAUUGUGUCCAAGUUUUUGUGCUAAAGGUCAUCACAUUCUUACACUGGUAUGCAUGGAUGAGUGGAUGGAAAAUGCAAGACGCAGACACAAAAUAGAUUCAGCAGUCUCACAUUUCCAGCAUAAUAUAUAUCCUCACAGAAAAGAACUCUGGACACUACAGAGAGACAGAUAUCCUUCUACAUGUCCUUUCACACCCCAUCCUAUAUAUUCCCCAUGUUGAGAUUUUCAGGUCCUCUGUUGUGACGCUGUGUUCUGUCAUAGAUGUAGCUUUUUGUCUAAACUCCACUGGUUUAGCCUACCAUUCAGUGUCUCAAAGAAAAAUUAAUUAUUAUAGCCCUACAAAUGCAACACUGUACUUUCGACGGGUUAAAAGGCAUAGAUAAAUACUUUUGCAUCAAUUUUCUACCUUUGAUAAAGAAUUUAAAAAGAAAAUGACGUCAGGGAUUUUUUUUUGAUCUAUGUGAGUGGACCUGCUCAUGCACAAGCAUUACCAAGACUCGCGGCACACAGUCAUUUUUGAUUGGAAAGUUAUUUUGUACUGUGAGAUGAUAUGAGAUGCUCAGAUACAACAGGUCAAAUCUUCUACCCUUUACGACAUGGCAAUAUGACCUUUUCUUUGGGAGACACUGUGGUUUACAAUAUUAACUACAUAUUUUGUAAAUAUAAUGUUUUGUAUAUGUAUAUGCAGAUAAGUUAAACAUCUCAGACAUAGAUGUGUACAUCUUACUGAAUCUUUUUGAACGGAAUGGAUUUGCACUUUUGACCUGUACAUUGUACUGAUGGAAGCCAUUUUGAAAUUUGCUUGAUAACGUUUGCUGGGACAGAUAUUAUACACUGUGUGCCAUUGAGGAAACAAAAAUGUUUUCUCAUUUUGCAGAAAGGAAUCAAGUGAAAUGCAUAUCAGAGAAUUCAAACUUUUGUAACCAUUGAUCGUUUACUUAAACAUUCCGAAGGAACUUAAUGAAGAGGGUACAGAGAGAAAAAAAAGAGAAGAUCUUUUUGUGGUUGUCACUUGACUGAAUGGAUCCUAAUCAAUUUGUUGUGCUGGGUGCAGCAAAUAGACAAUUUUUAGCGUUAAAGUAGAAAAAAAAAAAACGUAUGUUAUUGUUGAAAUGUUAUUUUAAAAGAGUUUGACUCUCGUGACGUGUAUUAACAAAGUCCAUGGAAGGUUAAAGGAAAAGUCAGUUAUAAUGCAGUUACAUUACAUGUUUUUGACAGUUGAUGGACUGUGGAGAGGACAAGUCACAAAUUAAUACCAAAAAAAAGAGAGUGUGGUACAAUUUCUCAUUUUGUUCAUUUGUUUGAAUCUGUAGAGACGUGGACAAGCCAUGAAGUGUAAACCCUUUGUACAUGCACUGCUUCGAGUAUUUAGCUUUUUCAAGUGCUUUAUAAUGGAAAAAAAAGUCUUUGUCAUGAAAACAAGAAAAACAGCAAUAUGUAUGGCAGUAUUUGUUAAUUUCUUUAUUUAGAAGUGAUGACGGUAAUAAAAUGGUUUUCUCAGUAGUUAUAUUUUAA